GCAAAAAGAAGUCAUAGUAUUAAAGAAAACCGUGUUAUAAGAACUCCGUAUCGGCGAAGAAGCAGAUGGCAAUAGCGUAUAGACAAAAUACAAUGGUGUUUCCUCCAUAUCCCUUAUUUCCUUCACUCCACAGAUGACUUGGACAGAUAAAUGUGGAGAGAAAACAUCUGGGCAUGAAAUCAGGAAGACAAUAAUGGUGAACUGCCAGAUGGAGCCAAUGGACAGAAGAGUGAGCAUGUCGUGAUUCUGUUCUCUGCUUCUCCUGCAGUGAUUAACUGGAUAUGAAGGCAGUGUUGUGGACAUCAGAUCUUGUCAGGAAUUAACAGAAAUGUUGGUCCAGACCUGCUGCUGAAGUGCCCGUAGAUGCAGCGCCUCCGCAGGGAAGCUUUUGAUCAGUGAAGCUAUCAGUGGAAAAUUACACCCCACCAAAGCAAGCAUGGCCUCUGAUAUCAACUAUCAGGAUGGCCCAGACUUUUCUAGAAGAGACGAGAGCCCGACUGAAGACGAGCCCAUCCAUUCGCCUGGUUCACGACAAACAGAAUAUGAACGAAUCGGGGGAAGAACUGGAUCCUCUGUUUUACAGACCAUCAUUCAUUUACUAAAAGGUAAUAUUGGCACAGGGCUGCUCGGUUUGCCUCUGGCUGUCAGGAACGCAGGACUCCUGGUUGGGCCCUUAAGUCUUCUGAUCAUGGGGAUUGUGGCUGUACAUUGCAUGAACCUUCUCGUCAAAUGUGCACAUCAUCUGAGCGCAAAGUUGGGCAAACCAUUUCUUUCCUAUGGUGAUGCAGUGGAGUAUGGGAUGGAGAACGUGUCGUGGCUAAGCAGACACUCUAUAUGGGGAAGACAUGUGGUGAACUUGUUCCUCAACAUUACUCAAUUGGGCUUCUGCUGUGUGUACUUUGUGUUCCUCAGUGACAAUGUCAAGCAGGUGGUUGAAACUGCCAAUGCAACUACCGGGAACUGUCACAACAAUGAAACCGCUGUGCCGGUGCCCAGCUAUGACUCUCGACUCUACAUGGUCUUCUUCUUGCCCUUCAUCAUCUUGUUGGUUUUCAUCCGCAACCUCAAGUAUUUGGCUCCUCUGUCGUUUGCAGCAAACAUUUGCAUGUGUGCCAGCCUGGUCCUCAUAUACUACUACUGUCUGACGAAUAUUCCAAACCCCAUCAACCUCCCGCUGGCAGGAAGAGGAGCUGACUAUCCGCUUUUCUUUGGAACCGCAAUAUUCGCCUUUGAGGGAAUUGGAGUUGUGCUUCCACUUGAGAAUAAGAUGCAGAAUCCCAGAAACUUCACCAAGGUUCUGUAUCUUGGCAUGGGCAUCGUCACAUUCCUCUACAUCUCUCUGGGAACCAUCGGCUAUAUUGGCUUCGGAGAAGAAAUUCGGGGCAGCAUCACGUUAAACCUACCGUUGUGCUGGUUAUAUCAGAUUGUGAAGCUGCUUUACUCUUUUGGUAUCUACAUCACCUACGCGCUGCAGUUUUACGUGUCAGCAGAAAUCCUGAUCCCGCCAGCGGUGGCGCGAUGUGGUCCCAGAUGGGCAUUGAUGGUAGACCUCAGCAUCCGCGUGGCUCUUGUAGGCCUCACAUGUGCUCUGGCCAUAUUAAUUCCGGAGCUGGACCUGGUGAUCUCUCUGGUGGGCUCUGUGAGCAGCAGCGCUCUGGCCCUCAUCAUUCCUCCUCUGCUCCAGAUCAUCACCUUCCACAAUGAAGACAUGAAGCCCUGGGUGUUUGCCAAGGACAUUCUCAUCAGCGUCCUCGGCUUUGUGGGCUUCAUAGCAGGAACAUACACCUCCAUCCAGGAGAUUGUGGCCCGAAAUGGUGACAGACACAACAGUACAGUCCUGUGAGUGUUGCCGAAGCCACAGAGUAAAUGUAGGCCAUACAGAGACCCGCUGAAUCAUUUACUCACUACAUGCUCCUUUGAUUUCUGCUGGAGUCCGCUUGGGAUUUUUCCUACUGGACGUCUCUUGAUGGUUCAUGGAUUUUUUAUGAGGUUUGCAGCACUGAAGUCUCGUCAUAUCAAGAUUUAUGAGUUAAUCUUUUUGUGGUUUAUUUUAAUAUUUUGUUUACAGUGUAUUGUCGGCCGAAGGUUUUUUUUUAUUUUCAGGUUCAUGUGCUUCUCUCAUGAGUAGGGCCAGACAGUGUCAGCGGGCAUCUUUUGCUAUUUCUGCACAGAAUAUUGUGAAAAAUCUGCAGAUUUGUGUGAAAUGAUUUUGGGAGUAUCGUAACUAAAAAUUUAAUAUGUUAAAAAUUAAUAUAUUUUUAACCUUUAUUUAUUGUUUACUAUUCAAAUCCUAUUAGAUCAAAUUAUUUGGUAAACAAAGCAAAUCUCUCAUAUAAUAUGUCUACCAUAUAUCUACUAAAAGACAGAAAUUAUUACUUUACAAUCUGUAUUGUAAGUAAAUCAUAUAAACGUUUUCAUAUUAUUCAGUAAUAUCACUGAAAUUAAUAAAAAAAAAAACUGAAUAAAUUUAAAUUUACACACAACUAAAUAAAUAGACUCAUUGAUGGGCCAAAAAUCUGAUGAAACCUGCGGGUUUCUGCACGCGCAGAUUCCAUGUGGGCCUACUCAUGAGUGUUUUCACAAGUUAGAAUGGAAAAGAAGUGACUCAAACAGAGAUUUCUGCUUGUAUUUUGUGUAUUAGUGUUCAUAGGGCUUUUGUUUUUUAAGACCAAAAGACAGUUGCAUUUGCAUAUUAGACUUCGACUCCACCUAGACUUAAUUGUAAAUAUGUGGAAAAUCCACUUGGUGUGCAGAAUGGUUUACUGUAUAUUAGCACAAGUUAAUAAUGGUACUGCUGGUACUGCUCAGUCUCAAGCGAGAUCAGUGCUGUUGAAACAAAUGUGUUCUUCCUUUCCCUUUGUAAUAAUUGAUUUUUUUAUAAUCAUUCAUAAUCUCACUUAUCAAAUAAUCCUAUUUUCAGGAGAAUAUUCAAAAGAUGCCAUCAUUAAUCAACUUGUUUUGCAAAGAAAUUAGUUGAUAAUUUAAGAUUGUUUUACCUUUUUAUCCUGAUAGUGUUGGGUUAAACACAUAUACAUGUACAUUUUCCUUUUUUUUUUUUUUUUUUAAGAAUGAAUUGUUAAUUCAUAAAGGUAUCAGUUUCAUGAACAUUGUACAAUCUGACCUGUCCUGGACUUUUUUUGGUCAUACAACAUACAACAUGACUGUUAUUUGGGCAGAAAAAAAGAAAGUCAGAAAAUAAUUAAUCCAGAUCACAAAGUUAUUAAAGAAAAUCACUCAGAUGUGAGUCUUGUCGUAAGAUUAGCAUUACAUUUAAAGACACUUCAGACCAACUGGAGUGAGAGUUUUUGUCAUAUCAAAGGAAAAGUUCACCCAAAAAUUUAAAUUCUGUCAUUAUUUACAGUACUCACCCUUUAAACUUGAGUUUAUUUCUUGUGUUAAAAACAAAAAAAAUGUCCUUAAUACAUGUAUUCUUACUGUGGAAGUCAAUGGUUACAGGUUUUCAGCUUUCUUCAAAACAUCAUCUUUUGUUUUAAUUAAAGAAACUGAUGUGGUUUCAAGUCACUUAAGGGUGAGUAAAUAUGGGGGGAAAAUCAUAUUUGGUGAACUAUGCCUUUACUCAAGCGAUUGUAAUGCUUAACACUUAUGUUAUAUUGUUGAUGCUACUUGAACAUUUUUUCAUAAAUUCUUUCCACUUUGCCUAAUACAAUUUUGCUGUAAACUGUAAA